GGGGCAUUAGUCACUGGACAAUUGCAUUACUGCGUUCAGAGUCAACGAAAAGUAAUAAAAAAGCAGCAGCAAUAUAACGAUACUGAUUCCUCGUGAUCACUUAAUGACCUAUAACUACAGAAAGGGUUUCUUUAUAUAGAAAGUAAUGAAAAUUAUUUUCUGUAUAAAGUGUAUAGUACACAUGAUAUACGCCUAACAUGAAACCUUAUGAUACAUUCAUCAAAACGAACUAAGCAAUUGGAUAAUCGUGAAAUAUUAAAACGAGUAAUAUAGUACUGAUACAAUCAUGGAUCACGACAGCGCGCCGUUGUUGGCAAAUGACACAGAUGUGAGUGUUCUCUUCAGAGAAAAACCAGGCCCCAAUGAGACCAGUAUCAACAUCCAACCACCACCAUACCAAGAUGCCCCCGCAGCCAAUCCAGCAAAGUACUACGACUUCAGGUUCCGUGGUCAAUCUUCAUGUCGACUACGAUUGACUGUCCUCAACAUCUUUCUCACGAUCAUGACGGUGUUGAGCAGCUUAAUGAUGGCGAUCACACUUCCGCUCUUUUCGGCGUCGAUGGUGACGGAGAGCUCGACGGACGAGUAUCCGGUUCUUUUCUUCACUGCUCUCUGGUUCCCCAUCUUCUUUCUCGGUCUCGUGGCCAUCAACAAGCUCAUCGAUCCCGAGAUGAGUCUGAAGUCGACGGUCAGUCACCGGGUCAUGGCUAUGGUGGGAGGGAUGAAUUCACUGAAUGGUCUUCUGGUGGUGUAUGCCAGUGAUCCCGAGAGAACGAGUCCUCAGCUACAGGCCAUCCUGGGUACUUCGGUUAUCCCAUUUACCGUAAUAUCCCGAUACAUCAUUUUAAGAAAAGGUGUAAGUCGAGCUCGAUUGGUAUGCACAGGAAUUGUCCUGAUUGGUCUCUUCAUCUCUCUUGAGCCAGUUAUAUUCAGCAUUGAUCAACCUGACAGUGGUAGCGGAGGUGGCGGCGGUGGUGGUGGACAUGGGACUAGUGUUGCUCAGGUUCUUUGGCCUUUCGUGUUCGCCCUUGGUUUCCUGCCAUUGGGUAUCCUCAACACACUCAUCGAGAGGGAACUCAAACGAGAUCAGACACAAUCUCUAGUUUUCCAGACUUGGGUUCAAUUCUACAGCACAAUAAUCAUUUGCCUUCUCUUCUGGACAGAUUUUAUUCCUGGUUUUGGAGCGGCCAGCAAUCCAUCGGAAUUCUGGGAUAACCUGAAGCAUGGCUUUAACUGCAUGUACGGUCAGAAGUACCCAACCUGCAGCGAUGCCGUUCUCUACGCCAUCCUCUUCAUCAUAAGCUACUGUCUCGCCAAUCUAUUCAUCUUCCUCCUCGUCCGCUUCGCCGAAGGUGCCGUGUAUCUUGUCAUCGUCCAGGCUCUCGUCACCCCACUCGGUGCCAUAUUCUGGACGCUCUUCAAUCCCGACCCGUCGUUCCAUUGGAAGCCUGUUUUCAAUCUCGCCACGGCGUUCGUUCUCGGCGGUCUCGUCAUCAUGGUACCGGCAGUAGUAUUCUAUAACUAUUUCGGCAACCGAGAGGCAAAGGAGGAGGAAAAGAAACAUCCAAAGGAAGAAUAUUGACAAGAUACAUUUAUCAUAUAGCCAUAUUAUCUUACUUUUAUAUUCAGUACUAUGCAAUUAUUUUUUUAAUGUGAUUCAGUGCUGAGCAUGUCCCUGUUUUAGGUUAAAAUUAUCACUCCCUUUCGUUGAAUUUAGUGUUGAUUUUGUAUUUCAUAAUACGAAAUAUGAAAUAUUUUCAUUUUCUCGCCAUUAUGAUAUGAAACAAAGUUCAUUUCUCCUGAAUUGCCAUUGCUAUAAAUUGAUGAGGAGUCUCCCUUUUGUCAAUCUGCAACAAAAAAUGAAAUUCAAACAGUAAAAUAUAAAAAGGAAUAGUGAGUGCAGGCACGGAUCCAGGGGGGGGGGGCACAGGGGUGCCCCCUCCCCUUUGAGAAGCAAAAUUGAAAUUUGUAAUGUAAAUAUGCCAUUAAAACAGAGGUGUGCCUCCUCUUUUGAAAUUAAAUUGAAGACCCUUUUUUUAUUUUGAUUGUCAAAUUUGUUCGGGUACGAAAUAUCCUUUAAUUGUGGUUGAAAACCUUUUUUUUGGCUUGUCAAAAUUUUCCUCCGAAAAAUUUGCCCCCCCCUUUUGGAAAAUCCUUGAUCCGCCCCUGAGUGAGUGAUAUCGUCGCCUCUCAAUAAUUGCAUUUCACCUGCGUUGUGCAUAAGACUGUUUUGUGAAAAAUAGGAGAAAUCUAAUAGCUUUCUUAUUUUAGAUCCGACAGUAAUUACAUUUUCAACGUUUUACUCGUUCCAUUUUUCUCUUUCUAUCAAAAUCAACUUUAUUUGAGUGGAUUUCCCCUGCUACAUGGACAGAGAGGAACAGAGGGGUACUAAACGAAAAAUGGUCGUAACUCCACUUGGACCCAACUUCCACUGUUGAGAAAUUAGUUGCCCUUUCGGGGCCACUCUUAUGGCAAUGGGUUUAUUUUCAUUUGGUCUAAUGCCAAUUUGCCCGAUUUCCCACUCUUCUACUAUCAUUUGGUCUAUCAUAAGUUCGUCCAAUUUCCACAUGGUCCAAUUGCCAUUUCGUCCACUCACCAUAUCGUCUAAAUAAGUUGGUCCAAUAGCCAUUUAGUCCAAAGGCCAUUAUUUUGGUAUAAUUUGACUAAGUGUUAAUUAGGCAAAAUGAAUGAAAAUGAACGAAUAUUAGACCAACCGGUUAUGAGACGAAAUGGUCAUAGACAAACUGGUGAUUAGACGAAGUGAUGAUUGGAUCAAGAAAUGGUUAUUGGACCAAAUGUUUCUUAGACGAAACGUUGAUGGACGGAUCGAAUGGCAUUAGACUGAAUGAAGGUAGACCAUGUGUGUGGUGAGUGGACGAGUUGGCAGUAGACGAAUUUGCAAUUUACCCUGUUAUGCCGCAUGCAUUCAGAAUGCUAUAUCGAGAGGGAUAAAUACCUUAUUGUGAUGAUUGUGAAAUUGAGAUGCUCAAAUAAAACCAUCAAAAUAUACAAAUGAAUAUAUAAAUCUAAACAAAAUUCAAUUAAAAACUUACAUGUAGAUAUCAUCAAUAUUUUUUUUUGUGUAAUUCAAACAUUGCAGUUUCUUCAUUCUAGCCAUCAAUCGUUUAAGAAAAAAAAAUGCAUAUCAGUAAUUUUGCCACCUCACCCCCCUCUACACUAAUUCUACCUCUCUCUAUUUCCAUUCAAGCUCCCACCCUCUCUUCUUACUUUGCUUUCACCAUUUCUCCUUUUUCACUUUUAUCCAGCUUUUGUUUUCUUUCUUUCCUUCUUGUUUACUCCUUUUCUUCCUCUCCUUUUCUUUCUUUCUUUCUUUCUUCUUUCUUUCUUUCUUUCUUUCUUUCUUUCUUUCUUCCUUUCUUUCUUUCUUUCCUUCUAAACCUGCAUUAGCAAAUUAUGUCUUCAAAUGUCAUUUUUAUUUGUUAUUUGGUUUAACUGUAUUUUAAUGUUAGUGUUCUUUUUUUAGCACCAGCUAAUGAGGAGAGUCUUUUAACAGAAACUUGAUUUCUUUUGAUAAUCCCCAGGCAUUAGCUGGUGUUCUUUCUUUCUUUUUUUUUUCUUUUUUUCUUUUUUUUUAUUGAUAUUGUAUAUUGGAUGUUGUAUGAUGAUUAUUUUCAUUGUAAUGAAUUUGACUAUUGUUAUGAGUAUGUGUACCUGGAAAUGAAAUAAAAUAAAAAAUAAAAUAAAAUAAAAAAUAUCAACGAUGAAAAUAAUAUUGAUAAAGCAUUUUAAAAUUAUGGCUCAAGAAAAAUCAUAUUCACUCAUCCUUUUUUUAUAUAUAGUUCAUAGGAAAUAGGAGGAAUCCACUUGAAGGGAAUAAUUGUUGAAUGCGGAUCCCGGGCAUAUACUGAAAUAGACACAGUAGGUAUAAAACCCUAUAUGAAUGAAAUUGUAUUUGCUGUGGUGUUAGUUAAAGUAGGAAACGCGAAUCCACUUUUGCUCAUUCUUCAUAAAUCUUCGUUUUUGUUUCACCCAAAUCUGUUUCCAUUCAGGAAGUUAAUUAUUCCACUAUGUUUAAGAGUCAUCAAUACAGGUAACAAAAAUGACAAUU